CUUUGGCAAGCUUUCACUUUAGAUGUUGGAAGAAGCCAGAGAGGGAUUUCUCCUCUGAUUGGGAGGGCUUAGUGGGGUCUCCAGUGUCAGAGACUCUGCAGAGAUCACUGCAACUUAUGUGUGGCUCUGCUUUUUCCCUGUUUCCUGGGGACAAACUGCCUCUUGGAAAUGAAAAAUUUGGGCCCCCAGCAUUGGACUCAGAAGUAAGGAUUGGUCUCUGAGAGCAGCCUGGGGCAGGUGCAGAUUCUGAAGGCAGAUUUGGGGCCUGCCAGGGUCCUUGUGAGUCUGACCUUUCUCCAGCUGUUGUGUUUAGAGACGCUCCAGGAAGUCACAGCCUUUCAUAGGUGGGAGAACAGAGAAGCAGGGAGGUAGAAGUUGUGACUAUGCCCAUCAUAUAGAUAAGGAAACUGAGGCCAAGAAGGUCAUAGUGAGAGUGGCUGAGCCUGGAGGGCAGCCUAGAAGUCAUCUCCCAGAAUUUGUUCUUCCUUAUACCACAGACUGCUUUCUCCCUGCUCCUUCCAAACAGUAGCUCUAAAGAUGGAGGGGUCGUGCAGUCGCUCCUUGCUCUGCUGUCUCACUUCUCUGCUUUUCCUUGUCCAGCUGUCCACAGAGCAGUUCCAGGUUGUUGGCCCUCGACAUCCCAUUGUGGCAGUGCUGGGCGAGGAUGCCAUACUGCCCUGUGCCCUACUCCCAGCCAUGAAUGCAGAGAACAUGGAACUGGGGUGGUUCCGUACCACAUUCUCACAGGCAGUGUUCAUCUACUGGAACCAACAGGAACAGACUGAGGAGCAGAUGGCUGAAUACAGAGGGCGAACCUCACUGCUGAGGGACAUCCUUACUGAGGGUCAGGCUUCCGUGCACAUCCACAAGGUCCGGGUUUCUGACAAUGGAAUGUACACCUGCUUCUUCAGACAUGGAAGCUUCUAUGAUGAGGCUGAUUUUGAAGUGAAGGUGGCAGGGAUGGGCUCUGACCCUCAAGUGCACAUAGAAGGGCCAGAAGAGGAUGGAGUGUGUGUGGUGUGCAAAGCCUCAGGAUGGUUCCCAAAGCCCCAGGUGCAGUGGAGAGACCUCAGUGGAAACAAGUUCCCAGCGCUUUCUGAGGCCCACACCCAAGACACUGAGGAGCUGUUUAGUGUGGAGGCCACUCUGGUGGUGAGAGACAGUUCUGUGGGGAAUGUGACCUGCUCAGUCCUCAACCCUGUCCUGGGCCAGGAGAAGGCCAUGGCUAUUUACAUCCCAGAGCCCUUCUUCCCUCAGGCUUCUCCCUGGAAACCAGCAUUUGCUGUGAUCCUGACCAUGCUGGGACUCCUACUCUUGGUGGCUAGCUAUUUUAUCACAAAAGCACAUUCUACUAGAAUGCUUAAGAAAAAGGAACAGCAGGCUAAAGAAGAGGUGUUGAAGGCCAUUGAUGAACUCCAAGCAGAUCUUAAUCAGAGGAAAGCUUCUUAUCUUUCUGCCUGGAGGAAGGCCCCUCUGUAUGCAGAUUGGCGGAAGGAACAGUUCCAAGCCUGGUCUGUCACGCUGGAUCCAGACUCUGCUCACCCCAUGCUGUGUGUGUCUCAUGAAAAGACGUGUCUGAAGGACCCCUCUGUGAAUAGUGAUAAAAAUUUCAGUGUGUUGGGUCUUGAGGGCAUCACAUCAGGAAGAUGUUACUGGGAAGUGGAGAUAAAGAAUAAAUCCCAUAGCAGGUGGACUCUGGGAGUCUGUUGGAAAGAUUUAAAAAGAACAGACUCAUACAGAGAAUUACCAGAUAAGGGGUUUUGGGUUAUGGGGAAACAUGACAAUAGUUAUUUUGCCGGGACUGGUCCUGUGACUUGGUUAUCUCCUAGGCAGGAUCCCUGCAGGGUGGGGGUUUUCCUGGACUACAGUGAAGGGGAUGUCUCCUUCUAUAACAUGAAUGAUGGGUCCCACAUUUUCUCUUUCCCUCCAGCUUCCUUCUCUGGAGCUCUCUUUCCGUACUUCAUGAUUAUGUAUGGAGAUGUGUCCAUGACCAUCUGCUCCAUGGAGAGUGGGUCUGAGGGGCUCCCUGUACCCCUUAACAAUUCUCCUACUUUGGAGGAGACCCUGAGCACUCCAAAGGAGGGGUUCAUCUCAAGCUGUGGUGUUGAUGGUGCUUACCCAGAGGCUAAAUCUUUAUUACUUCCGUGACACCAAAAGGUUUUGUCUUCAUAGAGUCCCUUGGUAUGUGUGAUCACUCACUGUGGCUGUUGCUGUGGCUAUAGACUCAAUGUGGCAAAAUCCCCUGAGAUGAGACUUGGAAGGUGCAAUGUACUUGUCCUCCUGCUCUUGCUCAGACUUCAGAUGUGUGGUUAAAAGGGUUCAUAUCUUAUAUAUUCAGAUAGCAGAGGUUAAAAGUUAACUCUUUUUGAACUGGUUUAGGGAAUGUGGAAUUUAAAUAUAAGGAACCAUAUCUUUUUGGUAUUGAAAAAUAUUUUAGAUAGGUGUGACAGCUCAUACCUCUAUCCCAGCUACUGGGGAGGCUAAGGCAGGAGGAUCACUUUAGCCCUUAAGUCUCAGACUAUCUUGGGCACCUUAGAGGUACCCUGUCUGAAAAAAAUUCAAACAAAGGGGAGAUCACAUUACUGGACUUGCAUGUUUGUAGAGGAAACGAGAUUGAGAAGGUUUUCCAGUUCUAUUUUUGCAAUUUUGGACUAUCAGAUGCCAGAAAGUUUAUCAUCCAAAAGUUUUCUGGGAUAUGAAUAGGUGUGUUAGUCAUCUUGUUGACUCUGUGACAAAAUACUGAGAAAUCAACCUAUAGGAGGAGAGAUUUAUUUUCCUCGUAGUUUUAGAGGUUUCAGUUCAUAAUUGUCUAGCUUCAUUGUUUCUGAGGCAGAAUGUCAUGUAAUGAUUGAUAACAUGUGGUGGAGCAAGUGAUUCAUCUUAUAGAAGACACAAAGCAAGAGAGGGAGACAGAGGAAAAGGGUAGGGGGAAGGGAGGGAGUUAAAAGUGAGGGUAGAGAGAGAAAAAAGAGAGAGGGAGGAAGGGAAAAAUAAGGGUCUGGGACAAGACCUAGUCUUCAAUUACACAGCCACAUUUACCUACUUCCUUCCUGUUUCCUAGUCCCCACCACCCAAAGUUUCCACCACUUCCAAAAAGGGCCACAAGCAGAACCAAGCUUUUAACACAUAAGCCUUUGGAAGAUAUUUCUGUUCCAAUCUCCAAACAAUGGUGGAUUUUUAAGAGAAUGGUCCAACUUUCUAUGGUAUUUGCUUUCUAUUCUGGGAUGAAUGGAACAUAUUUGUUUUCCCUUGCCUCAGUAACUUUCUGGUACCAUUGAGAAUAUUGUGAUAUGUUAAUCCAAGGAAUUAGGGAUAAGGGAAUGGAUCCCCCUUAGAAGCUAUUAGUACACAUUCAUUGUACAAAAUGUCAGGUUUUAUUGUGACAAUUUCAUACAUGCAUAUAAUGUACUUUGAUCAUAUCCACCCUUCCUGCUACCUUUUGAUUUUUUCCUCCAUUCCUCUUUUGUGUCAAUACUGUAACUGAGGAAAGGCAAGAAUUACUAGAGUAAAUAUAAAUGAAAAAGAGAAUUUUCAGAUGCAAAGUGAAUUUCAAAAAGCUUUGAUCAUGAGCAUAGGUCCAGUUAGUAUAUUUCCUCUUAGUACUUCCAAGUCUGAUCUUAAGGGUUAAUGGAAAACCACAGCAAACAAGAAGAGACAGGACUAUUGAGAAUUAGACCCUGCAAAAAUAAAGGUGUGUUCACUCUACCAGAUUUUUGUGACUAGUUUUCUGACUUGGGGAGAGGAAACAGAGAAUGGGAUUUGGAAGAAAGAGAGUACAUAUAACACACAGUACUUCUAGAAACAAGGAUGUAUUAGUUUUGUAUAUUUUCUCUUUGCUUGUGGUGUAUAUGUGUGUAACUGUAUGUAUUGACCAUUUGCUUCCUCUCUCUUCUUAUAUUUUGAUUUUCUAUACAAAUUGUUAUCUUUUAGGUAAUAGUAUAGUCAAUGAGACUGAGUGAAUCUGAAGAGAUCAUAUAGUAGUGUAGUGUACAGUGAUUGGGAGUGCUUUUUCCUUAUGUUGGGGAGUAGAUAAGAACUUCUUCCUUAGUCAGGUUGCUUUGUCAUGAUGGAUUUGUUGUUUUAUGGAAGUUCAAAAUUUGUAAAAUGGUAUAACAUGUAUGUAUACAUAAAGUAUAAAGUCAAAGGUG